ACAACCGAACUGCUGUUUGUCGGUUAACGGAGAGCAUUCUGCGAUGUCAUCGUCCUGUUUCAAGGAAAUUAAUUACUGCUGUUUCUAGUAGAGUUGAUCUCUACAACAGAAGCAUGAUCACAGGACAUCCAGCAGACCCACACAUCUAAAAAUGUCUGUAGAACUAAAGCGCCGCAGGACCGGUUUGGCAUAUAAUGAAAAGCUUACUAAGCAUUUUAGCUUGUGGAAUCCCGAUUUCACUGAAAUACCAAAACGUAUAGAAAAACCGUAUGAAAGAUGUCAACAAUAUCAAUUACUUGAAAGAUGUGAACCCGUUCAGAGUCGAAAUGCCACACAGGAAGAAAUGGAACUUCUGCACAGCAAAAACCAUAUCAAGAUCUUAAAAUCUUCUACUACGAUGACUGAAGAAGAACUGAAAGAACUCUCGCAGAAAUCAGAUUAUAUUUAUUUUCAUAAUGAUUCUUAUGGUAGUGCCUGUCUUGCCCUUGGUACCUCAAUACAAUUAGUCGAUGACAUCAUAGAGCAGAAGGUACGCAAUGGUUUUGCUAUAAUCCGCCCACCUGGACACCAUGCCUCCAGAGAUCAGUUCAACGGAUAUUGCUACUUUAACAACGCUGCUGUCGCCGCUCAAAAUGCUUUAAUUAAACAUCACAUGAAAAGAAUUCUAAUUGUAGAUUGGGAUGUUCACCAUGGACAAGGGACCCAGAGAUUUUUCUACGAUGAUCCCAGAGUUUUGUAUUUCUCUAUACAUCGAUAUGAACAUGGUCAUGAAUGGCCGAAUCUACGAGAAUCUGACUACGACUAUAUUGGUAGAGGUGAGGGUCAAGGCUACAACAUCAAUGUCCCGCUAAAUGUGUGUGGUUGUACAAACAGCGAUUAUUUAUUUAUAUUUUUCAACAUUCUACUGCCUAUAGCCUAUCAGUUUGAUCCUGAGCUGAUAAUUGUGUCUGCUGGAUUUGACUGUGCUCUUGGAUGUCCUGAGGGUGAGAUGGAAGUAACCCCUGCUUGUUUUGCUCAUUUUAUUAAUUUGUUAUCACCACUGGCUGGUGGAAAACUAGCACUUUUAUUAGAAGGAGGCUAUAACUUAGAUUCUCUAUCAGAAAGUGUUGCUUUAUCAGUGAAAGCUUUAUUAGGCGAUGUAUGUCCUGUAAUAAAUCCUACAGGUAAACCAAAAGACAGUGUUAUUGAGAGUGUUUUAAAUGUAAUAAAAGUAUUACGGCUCAAGUGGAGUUGUCUACAAUAUCAACCUCUAUUAAACCCAGGUCAAAGUUCAAUAAAAACCCUACUACCUUCUGUAUCGAACUUAAACAGUAUUUUCCAAUCACCAAAUGAAGAGAAUUAUCCACUUAUACAAGAAUGUUUUGAUACGUCACCAGAUGCCGAGGAGAAGUUUGGCGAGAACAUCGCCAGGUUGAAUACGAUUAUACAAACUAUGAAACUCAGAAAAAUAAAAUACAAGUUAGCUAUAGCUUGUAAUGAUAGUCAGGGUGGAAGACCAAAGCACGAAGAUAUUUAUGAUAAAUUAAAAGAGAAUGAUUUUUGGGAUCCUUGUUACAUGUUUUUGGGAGGCAAUUCAUGUGAAAGAGAACUAACAAAUAUAGUGGAUCGUGUCUUCAAAGAUGAGGCACAGUCUGCUAUUACAUUGGUCAGUAAAUCAGGUGAAGAUGAAGAAUCUAGUAUUACAGAUAUUAAUAGUAUCAGUAUUUUUACCAUCAUAAAAUACUGUAAACAACAGUAUGAUACCAACAGAAUUUUGAUUGUUGAUUGGACAGAUGGAUCGAGUUGCUGCAAAAAUAAAGAACGUUUUUAUGACAAAGAAAGUAUAUUGUAUAUAUCAUUAAACUGGAGUAAAGAUGUCAACCAGGGAGCCUCAUGUAGCUGUAAAACAGUAGAAAAAAAUGGUUUUAAUAUCAACAUACACUGGAAAACGGGUGAUAUUGAAAAUGGUGAUUUGAUAGCAGCAUUUUACCAACUAGUUCUACCUAUUGCAUAUGAGUUUUCACCCGAUUUGGUUAUUAUCUCUGCUAGUUUCAACCAAGUUAACAAAAAAGAGGUAGAAUAUUCACCAAGUGCACCUUGUUAUGGUCAUGUCUUACAGUUGUUACGGGGUCUAGCUGAUGGCAGACUGAUAAUGGCAAUAGAGUGUGAUUCAAACAGUGAGAUAAUAUCAGAAUGUGUUGUAUCUUUCAGUGUGAUUCAAACAGUGAGAUAA